UUCUCUGUGUAUUGAUAAAGAAUAAAAAAAGCGAUUUUUUUUAUAUUGUCUAAUUUUUGGUAUUUCGAGUGUGUUUUAUUGUUGUGUACUGUGUUUAUUUUUAUUUUGUUGUUGUUGUUGCUCAGUAUUCGAACCAGAAGACAGUAGGCCUUUGGGAUUUGAGCAUACGUCGAUAGAAGCGUAUUUAUUUAUUUUUUGAAUGCUUCGUUUCUCUCGCGUUUAAAAGAAAAACGUUGUAAGUGCACAAAGUGAAGUUGGAGCUUGUAGCAAAAAAGUAAUGAAACAUGUAUAAGGUCAUGUAAAUGUUACUUUCAACUUUUGAAACUGAAGCGUGUGUAUUAAAAUACAAGGAUUCAACAAAAUGAAUAUGGACUGUGACAUCAAGUUUGCCGCACACUGUUUGUUGGCUAUGUCAACCGGUGGUGCUAAUUUCAAUUCAACGUUUGCCAUGAAACCACUCGAUCUGAGCGGUUGUCAAGCGAACAAACAAUCGACAACGACGACGACGACAGCAAACAUAAAAUUUGACGAUUUUGAUGAUGAAAAUAGCUACAACUUUUUGCAACGUAAUCAUAUGGAAACGGUACUGUUGAACAGUGCCGAUGAAAUAACAACAAAUAAUAAUUUGGCAUGGAUCAAAAGUGAUCCAAAAGUCGAUGAGGCAGCAGCAGUAGCAGCGGCAGCAACAAACGGGCACAAUUUGGUUGAAAAUCAUAAAAAUUUAAAUAAUAAUAAAAUAUCAGUAGAUGUUAGCGCGAUUUUCAAUAACAAUAGUACAAAAUUCAAUAAUAAUACAAUGAGGAAUGCGGCAGUCCCGAAACCAACGACUACAACGGCGACGACAAAAUUAUUACGGAAGCCUGCACGACCGAAACAACCAAGAAUAAUGGCAACAACAAAAUCCAAUUCAUUAGCAACUAAGAAACAUACGCCGACAACAACAACAUCCAAUGGAAUGCGACGCAAAUCUAGAGAAAAGACAAUACACGAACGAUUGACAUUGCCAACGAUAACGGCAAUGGAUGCCCAACCAAUUACCACAAAAAAGAAAAAACGAAAGAAGCGAUUAAAUGUUGUUGCUAUUGUUAAAAAUGAACCGGUGCAAACGUCAAACAGUGAUGAUACUGGAAGCCCAACAAAUUUUAUCGGAUCUCCAAUUGAAAAUGUCACCAAUACAACCACCACCCACCAUCACAAUCCACACCACCCGCAAUACGUAAGCAGCUUUUCCGAAGACAAUCGAACUGCCGCAAGUGAUAAUAAUAAAGUAUCAGUGCCGAACAAUAAUCGUAAGACGCACAAAUGCUUGUACGUUGGUUGCAACAAGGUUUACGGCAAAAGUUCACAUCUCAAAGCUCACCUGCGAACGCACACGGGAGAAAAGCCUUUCCCUUGUCAAUGGACCAAUUGUGGAAAGAGAUUUGCUCGCAGCGAUGAAUUGGCACGACACCUUCGAACACAUACAGGUGAAAAGAACUUUUGCUGUCCCAUUUGUAGCAAAAAAUUUAUGCGCAGUGAUCAUCUGAGCAAACACGCGAGACGUCAUCCGAAUUUCGAUUUGAACACGCUACGACAGCGUCGACCAUCCGCUCAAACGGUUCUAUCGUCAUCGAACGUGCCACCGUCUCGAUUAGUGAAAGAACAUUCGAUAAAUUCCAGUGAAUGCGCUUCAGAUUCAACUUCAUCCGAAUCAAUGUUGGGCCCCUAAAUGCACAACGUAAACUAUACACUGUAAAUAAGUGGCAAAUGAUUAAUUAACAAAUUUAAAAAAAACACACACACAUUUUAUCUGAACUAGCAGAAUGACAAAAAAAGCUUUGUGUUAGAAAACUUUCGCGCGAUCUACUUCUAUUAUCGCUUUUAUAUGUAGAACCAAUGGAUAUAUAUAUAUACAAACAUAUAUCUACUUAUUAUACAUAAAAACUGAACACUUUUAUUGGGACACUUACAAUUUAAAUGAAUAGAGAAAACUGAAACAAAGAUGAAAAUCAAUUUUGAAAAUAAUUGCUUCGAUGAAUGCAGAUGCGGAAUUCAAAUCAUUUGAAGAAAGCAAC